CAGACUGGUCAUUUGAUAAACGCUACCCUAUACUUAUACCGAAAGAUUCAGAUUUCACCAACGAAAUUAUAAUGAAGACUCAUCAAGAAAAUAAGCAUGUUGGAGUAAGUCACACGCUAGACAAGAUAAGGGAAACUUACUGGAUACCACAAGGAAGAAGCCAAGUUCAGAAGAUUUUGAGGAAGUGCUCCGAAUGUAUGAAGCAUGACGGAGGGCCAUAUAAACUACCGGAAACUCCUGCGUUACCAAAAGAGAGGGUCAAUUAUAGCUCUCCAUUCACAUACGUUGGUACCGACUAUCUGGGACCACUUCUAGUUAACAAUGGGAAUGGCAAUUGUAAAAGGUGGAUUAGCCUCUACACAUGCUUAGCCGUAAGAGCCAUUCACUUAGAAGUUGUAAAGGACUUAACUGCGGAAGAAGGUUUAAUGGCCUUACGUAGAAUGAUUUCAGCAAGAGGUGUACCUACCUUAAUAACGUCUGAUAAUGCGGCUCACUACAAGUUACUCUCAGAGAUUCUUCAGAACCCAUACUGCGUAGAGAAAGAGAUAAAAUGGAAAUUUAUACCACAAUUAGCACCAUGGCAUGGAGGAUUCUAUGAGAGAUUAGUUGGUUUAGUUAAAAACUGUAUGAAGAAAACAUUACAGAAACAUUUGUUGAAUGACACCCAGCUAGUAACAGCGGUGAAAGAAAUAGAAGCAGUUCUUAACACAAGACCCUUAACUUACGUAGAUUCAGAGCCGGAUCAUGUACUAAAACCUUCAGACUUUCUUACCAUGGGAAAGUGUAUCAUUAUGGAAACUUCAGAUAAGGAUCCUACAACGUCGCAAGGGACGGUGACUAAGGACCACUUAAUUAAAGGUUGGAAGAAAGCACGGAUAAUUCUACGAGAAUUUAAAGAGAUGUUUGAGAACCGGUAUCUCCUAAAUUUGAGAGAAAGAUAUUCCCACCAUCCUAAAGAACCUAGAGUAACAUCAAAGUUAGCACCUAAGAUAGGUCAAAUCGUGCAGAUUAAAGGUGACACGAAGAACAGGAUAAAUUGGAAAGUUGGGAAAAUAGUAUCUUUAAAGGAAGGCGCCGACGGUUUAUGUAGGGUCGCCAAGGUACGAGUAGGAGAUACAGAGUAUACAAGAUCUAUCGCGCAUCUCUACCCGCUAGAGAUCGAAGAUGGAGAAGAGCAGUGCAAACAAACAUCAUCUUAUGACGAAAGUGUUGAAGAACCGGUGCAGCUUCCUGAUCUUCCACGUCCAUCAGGCAAGGAUGACCAGACAGUGGAAUCCCUCAACGACGUUGCUGAGCCUUCAUCUGAGCAGAGAUUCACUCAUGAAGUUAGAGAUCAGCAAGAAGAAGUACAGCCUCAUGCCUCGCCAGUAGAGGGAAAGUGUUCCUCUAAACAAGCGGUUGAGUUUAUGUCUAGUGAGUUAAACGAGCCUAAGCCUAAGUCUAUGUCCGAACCAGAGCCACUCGCGGUCGUCGACCUCGAGUUUUACGACCAGAAUGAUCCCGAGUCACACCACCUAGAGGAAGUUACGCCAGAAGGACAACACGAAGAAUCAAGACCUAAGAGAGCGGCAGCUCUCCGAGCCCUUGAGAAGAUCAAGGAAUGGACCAGCAAUUUAGUCGCCGUGCUGCUGCCUGAGGCGGGGUGUGUCGCGACAGGCGCGAAUAUCUAAUGCCACAAUACGAAUUUCCUAGCGGCAACACUGAACAGCGCCCUCGUGGGUGGAACUGUGAUCUCGGUGGUAUACAACUAGCCGCCAUAAGUAAAGCGAAGCAGAUUGAAGCUCCCCUGGCCCAGGAGAAGUGGAUCAGAGAGAGCGAGGACAAAGAAUCCUUCAUAGGAGAUGAAGGUAUGUAU